AUUGCACAUGCAAUUAUAAGAUAUAUCAGAAUUGGUUGUGAACUUACUGAUGAAGCAGAUAUUGAAAUAGCACUUCAAAAACUAGGUGGAACGUCUAUAGCACAUAUUGAGCCAGAUCAUAAUAAAACAGUAGGGAAAUCAGCAUUAUCAGCAGAUCAAAAUGAUACAAAUUCAAAAUCAGAAUUACUAAA